AUGCAUGUCGACUCGUUGCUAGCCCCUACUGCUGCCAGAGCAGUGAAAUCGCUUCAUUCAGAGGAAUUAGUGGAAAAGAAAGAGGAAAGCGAAAAGGAAGGUUUUCUACCAGCGGAUCCUUUUGAGGAAAUCGUUACAAGGCCUCCUCCACGGUCCGAGUCGGAGGGGAAAUCUUCUGUACCAAGGAAGCAUUUUCGUAGUCUGAACGAGUACUAUAGGUAUCGUCAACGGGAAUAUGAACAACAGCGAUAUCAUGCUCAGAAUGGAUUGCUCUAUAGGGUCUAUCCAGAUCAGCAUCCGAAAGACUCCUAUUACUGUCCUGACAUGCGAGGAAUGUUCUACUAUACUUGCCAGCCAAGUAAACCAUUACGUCUAGACCUUGUAGAAUUUUGUAAGGAUUAUUCAGCGUUCUGCGAUGUGCCAAACUUCCACCGCCUUCCUGGACCUCGUAUGGGACCACCAAUUGGCGAUACUGGAAUUGGACACGUUGGCGUAAGCGGUAAGUUCGGUUUCGGCGUUGGAGCCGUGCCAGGAUUGGAUGUCGGAGUCGGAUGGGGCGUGGAUGUCGGACCGAUACCGGGCAUGGGUGAAAGUGUUGGAGUUGGUCUUGGUCUCGAUCUCGGAAUCAUGGGAUCAAAAUCACCUGAAGCCUAUCGUAGAGGACAGGACAAUCCAUAUGAGAAGGUAAAUCACGAGAUUUUCAUCAAACUAUAUAAAAAUGUGAUUGGCUUAUAA